AUGAAGCUCCUUGAUAGGCUACUUGCAAAAGUUGAGCCGUUUGAUGAGUAUGAAGAAACCUUGAAAAAGAAACUCAUCAAUGAGUUGGUUCCAUUGUCACGGGAAGUGAAAGAGUCUAGCAUUGUCACGGGAAGUGAAGGAGUGGAAUCCCACCACAAGCAAAACAGAGUUUUCCCUUGGGUUAUGUGGCAAGUGUGGAAGGUGAUAAACAUUCUCCACUUCGAAAAGACUCAAACAAGCUCGGAGAUGACAUCAUCCAAAACCGUAGAAGAUGCGGGUGCGUGGUUUGAUGCGAAUUUCUGUGAACAUAGUGGUAUGGAAGAUGUUGGGGAGGGAUGUAAUAACUCCAUUUCAUGGUGUCCUCCUCCGGUUAGCGUUGUUAAGUGUAAUGUUGAAGUUAGCUGGUCCGGUUCUAAACUUUUAUGUGGUGCCUCGUGGAUCAUUCGGAACCAUGAUUGUAAGGCGCUGCUACACAGUCGUCGAGCUUUUAAGAAUGUCAGGUCUAAAUUGGAAGCUGAGCUUAAAAGUUUUUGUUGGGUGGUGGAAAGUUUGGCUUCGCUGCAUUAUACGAAUGUCAUCAUUGAAUCCAACUGUCCUCACGUCCGGGAGGCUCUCAUAGAUCCUACCAGGUUUCCGUGGUUUAGGGAGCUGACUGAUAAUUUUGGGCAAACUUUGCCUUCCUUGUUUCCUUGUUCGGUGGAACAUGUCAUGGAUUUAAGGAACAGAGUAGCUGAGGAAAUUGCAAUUAGUGUCACUCGAGAUCUUCGAUAUCAAUCCUAUGUUGCAUUGGGCGGUCCCCGUUGGCUGAUGAACGUUCUGGAAGUAGAAGCUCAGAGAGUUGGUUCUUGA